CGCGCGCACCAGCUUCCCCUCACUCGGUGGCGGCGUCUUUGUUCCGUGUGGAGAAGGGAGAACUCGAGAGCCAGCGACGGGCCCUGGCCCCGGCAGAGGUGGGGGGGAGCGCUGGGGACGCGGUGCUGCGGACGGUGGCGGCUCCUCCCAGGUCCGGUAGGCAGUAGGAGACUAUUUUGAGCAACUCCUUUGAAGAUGUCUACUCCAGACCCACCCCUAGGAGGAACACCUCGGCCAGGACCCUCUCCAGGGCCUGGCCCAUCUCCUGGUGCUAUGCUGGGCCCUAGUCCUGGACCCUCACCUGGUUCUGCACACAGCAUGAUGGGCCCUAGCCCUGGCCCACCUUCGGCAGGACAUCCUAUACCUCCUCAGGGUCCUGGAGGCUAUCCUCAAGAUAAUAUGCAUCAAAUGCAUAAGCCAAUGGAUUCCAUGCAUGAGAAGGGAAUGUCGGAUGAUCCUCGAUAUAACCAGAUGAAAGGGAUGGGAAUGAGGUCUGGGGGACAUGCAGGGAUGGGGCCUCCUCCAAGCCCAAUGGAUCAGCAUUCUCAAGGUUAUCCCUCUCCUCUGGGUGGCUCUGAGCAUGCCUCAAGUCCUGUUCCGGCUAAUGGCCCAUCUUCAGCCCCCCAGAUGUCAUCUGGUCCUGGUGGGGUACCAUUAGAUGGUAGUGACCCACAAGCAUUAGGACAACAAAACCGUGGCCCAACGCCUUUUAAUCAAAACCAGCUGCAUCAGCUCAGAGCUCAAAUUAUGGCUUAUAAAAUGCUGGCCAGAGGGCAACCUUUACCAGAUCACCUGCAGAUGGCAGUGCAGGGAAAAAGACCAAUGCCAGGAAUGCAGCAGCAAAUGCCAACACUACCUCCACCCUCUGUAUCUGGGACAGGACCAGGACAAGGACCAGGACCUGGACCUGGGCCUGGUCCAGGACCCGCACCUCCAAAUUAUAACAGACCUCAUGGUAUGGGAGGGCCAAACAUGCCCCCUCCUGGACCCUCAGGAGUUCCCCCAGGAAUGCCUGGACAGCCUCCUGGUGGACCCCCAAAGCCCUGGCCUGAAGGACCCAUGGCAAAUGCUGCAGCCCCCACUAGCACACCUCAGAAACUGAUUCCUCCCCAGCCAACUGGGCGUCCUUCACCAGCACCCCCUGCAGUACCUCCUGCAGCUUCUCCUGUCAUGCCACCACAGACACAGUCCCCUGGGCAGCCAGCCCAACCUGCCCCCAUGGUUCAACUCCAUCAGAAACAGAAUCGAAUCACUCCAAUUCAGAAGCCAAGAGGACUUGAUCCAGUAGAAAUUUUGCAAGAGAGAGAGUAUAGAUUGCAGGCCCGGAUUGCCCAUCGAAUUCAGGAACUUGAAAACCUUCCUGGGUCCCUGGCUGGAGACUUGAGAACAAAAGCAACCAUUGAACUCAAAGCACUCAGACUGCUAAACUUCCAGAGACAGCUGCGUCAGGAAGUUGUGGUAUGCAUGAGAAGAGACACGGCCCUGGAAACUGCACUGAAUGCCAAGGCUUACAAACGUAGUAAGCGGCAGUCCCUUCGUGAGGCCAGAAUAACAGAGAAACUGGAGAAGCAGCAAAAGAUCGAACAAGAGCGGAAACGCCGGCAAAAGCACCAGGAAUACCUCAAUAGCAUUCUUCAACAUGCCAAGGAUUUCAAAGAAUACCAUCGAUCUGUCACUGGCAAAAUCCAAAAACUUACAAAAGCAGUGGCUACGUACCACGCCAAUACUGAGCGGGAGCAGAAGAAAGAAAAUGAACGAAUUGAGAAAGAGAGGAUGCGGAGACUGAUGGCUGAAGAUGAAGAAGGAUAUAGGAAACUUAUUGACCAGAAAAAAGAUAAGCGCCUAGCAUACCUCCUUCAGCAGACAGAUGAAUAUGUGGCUAAUCUUACAGAACUGGUCCGACAACACAAGGCUGCACAGGUUGCUAAGGAAAAAAAGAAGAAAAAGAAAAAGAAGAAGGCAGAGAAUGCAGAAGGGCAGACACCUGCAAUUGGACCAGAUGGCGAGCCUUUGGAUGAAACCAGUCAGAUGAGUGAUCUCCCUGUGAAAGUGAUCCAUGUAGAAAGUGGGAAAAUCCUCACUGGCACAGAUGCCCCCAAAGCAGGACAAUUGGAAGCAUGGCUUGAGAUGAAUCCAGGAUAUGAAGUAGCACCAAGAUCUGAUAGUGAAGAGAGUGGUUCAGAAGAGGAGGAAGAGGAAGAAGAGGAAGAGCAGCCACAGCCAGCACAGCCUACCCUCCCUGUGGAUGAAAAGAAAAAGAUCCCAGAUCCAGACAGUGACGAUGUCUCUGAAGUGGAUGCCAGACAUAUUAUUGAGAAUGCCAAGCAAGAUGUUGAUGAUGAGUAUGGUGUCUCCCAGGCCCUUGCUCGAGGUCUGCAGUCUUAUUAUGCUGUGGCCCAUGCAGUCACUGAAAGGGUGGACAAACAGUCUACACUUAUGGUGAAUGGUGUACUCAAACAAUACCAGAUUAAGGGUUUGGAGUGGCUGGUGUCCUUGUAUAAUAAUAAUCUGAAUGGGAUCCUGGCAGAUGAAAUGGGCCUUGGCAAAACUAUCCAGACAAUUGCUUUAAUUACAUACCUCAUGGAACACAAGCGUAUCAACGGACCUUUCCUCAUCAUAGUACCUCUUUCAACUCUGUCAAAUUGGGCAUAUGAAUUUGAUAAAUGGGCUCCUUCUGUGGUGAAGGUCUCCUACAAGGGCUCUCCAGCAGCAAGACGAGCUUUUGUACCUCAGCUUCGGAGUGGGAAAUUCAAUGUCUUGCUAACUACUUAUGAAUAUAUUAUAAAAGAUAAGCACAUUCUUGCCAAGAUUCGCUGGAAGUACAUGAUUGUAGAUGAAGGUCACAGGAUGAAGAAUCACCACUGUAAACUAACACAGGUUCUAAACACACACUACGUAGCUCCACGGCGCCUGCUGCUGACAGGGACACCCCUGCAGAACAAACUACCUGAGCUAUGGGCGCUGCUCAAUUUCCUCCUUCCAACCAUCUUCAAGAGCUGCAGCACCUUUGAGCAAUGGUUCAAUGCUCCCUUUGCCAUGACAGGAGAAAAAGUAGACCUGAAUGAAGAAGAAACUAUUCUGAUUAUCCGACGUUUACACAAAGUGCUACGUCCUUUCCUGCUCAGACGGUUAAAGAAAGAAGUUGAAGCCCAAUUACCUGAAAAGGUGGAGUAUGUGAUCAAGUGCGAUAUGUCUGCACUGCAGCGAGUCCUCUACCGGCACAUGCAGGCCAAGGGCGUGCUCUUGACGGAUGGGUCAGAGAAGGACAAGAAGGGCAAGGGUGGCACCAAGACACUGAUGAACACCAUCAUGCAGCUAAGGAAGAUCUGCAACCAUCCUUACAUGUUCCAGCACAUAGAGGAGUCAUUUUCUGAGCAUUUGGGAUUUACUGGAGGCAUUGUCCAAGGCCUGGAUUUAUACCGAGCCUCUGGAAAGUUUGAACUCCUGGAUCGAAUUCUUCCCAAGCUCCGAGCUACCAAUCAUAAAGUGCUGCUCUUCUGCCAGAUGACCUCUCUCAUGACCAUCAUGGAAGAUUACUUUGCAUAUCGUGGCUUUAAAUACCUCAGGCUUGAUGGAACCACAAAAGCUGAAGACCGUGGUAUGUUGCUGAAAACCUUCAACGAACCAGGCUCUGAGUAUUUCAUUUUUCUCCUGAGUACUCGGGCCGGGGGUCUUGGGCUAAACCUCCAGUCUGCAGAUACUGUGAUAAUUUUUGACAGUGACUGGAAUCCUCACCAGGACUUACAAGCACAGGACCGUGCCCAUCGUAUUGGGCAGCAAAAUGAGGUCCGGGUCCUCCGUCUUUGCACAGUUAAUAGUGUGGAAGAGAAGAUCUUGGCUGCAGCCAAAUACAAGCUAAAUGUUGAUCAGAAGGUGAUCCAGGCUGGUAUGUUUGACCAGAAAUCCUCCAGCCACGAGAGAAGAGCUUUCCUCCAGGCGAUCCUAGAGCAUGAGGAACAGGAUGAGAGCAGACACAGCACGGGCAGCGGCAGUGCAAGCUUCGCCCACACUGCCCCUCCGCCAAUGUGCCUCAACCCUGACUUGGAGGAACCACCUCUAAAGGAAGAAGAUGAAGUUCCAGAUGAUGAAACUGUCAAUCAGAUGAUCGCCCGACAUGAAGAGGAGUUUGAUCUUUUCAUGCGCAUGGAUUUGGAUCGUAGGCGAGAGGAAGCUCGAAACCCCAAAAGAAAGCCACGCCUGAUGGAAGAAGAUGAGCUUCCAUCUUGGAUCAUUAAGGAUGAUGCUGAAGUUGAGAGGCUGACCUGUGAGGAAGAAGAAGAAAAGAUGUUUGGGCGAGGCUCCCGCCACCGUAAAGAAGUUGACUACAGCGACUCACUGACCGAGAAGCAGUGGCUCAAGGUAUAUACUGCCAUAGAGGAAGGUACACUGGAGGAAAUCGAGGAAGAAGUCCGACAGAAGAAGUCAUCUCGGAAGCGCAAACGGGACAGCGAUGCUGGCUCUUCAACACCAACAACCAGUACUCGCAGCCGUGACAAGGAUGAUGAUAGCAAAAAGCAAAAGAAACGUGGCAGACCCCCUGCUGAAAAGCUCUCCCCAAACCCACCAAACCUCACCAAGAAAAUGAAGAAGAUUGUGGAUGCUGUGAUCAAAUACAAAGACAGCAGAGUGACGAGCAGUGUGUAAUGUGUAGAAGCUUCUCCACACUAGCCCAAAACAACAUGACUUAUAGCUGUUGAACUAUGGAAGAUCCAUUUCCAAAUGCACCAUAUUGUUAAACUGGCCAGACUUGUCCUCAUCUCUAAGAAAUGUUCUACAAACGUUUAAAAAAAAAAUCCUUCUUGGCCAAAAGUGAAAAGGACCUUAAUGAAGUUCAAUCUGGUCUAAUUCUCCUUCCAUCUCCUGUGACAUCAGCAUCAUCUUCAGCCAAACAGCUACAACCAGUCAUGAGGCAUCGUAGCAGCUGCCCCCUUUGAAAGCAGGAUCCCCCUACCCCCUUCCCCAGGGAUCCAGCAGCCCUUGGUCUGAGCAAUUGCAUAUUGUCUGCUAGCAAAUCAUUGUCAGCAGCUGGAAAUACAGCUUAACUAGAUAGUUUUUAAAUGACUGAGACCAGAAGGUGGCAGUCUCUGAUCAAAUAUCUUUCCGAUGGAAGCAUGAAUGUUCUUAAGACAAUAGGAAGUACCGGCAAACUGCUCAUGGACCAACCCUGGGAUAAAGAAGCCCCAGAGCAUUUCAGAAACACCCCAGCAUUUCUUUUUUCUCUUAAGAGCUUUGAUCACUACAGAACAUACUAGCUGAAAAACACGAGGUCUUCUACUAGACCCAAGGCCUGAUGAAGCCCUGGCCUUGGUAACUGAAGAUGGAGGAAAUAUAAAGCAAGUCAGAAUCCCUGGUGGGAGGAAAGCCAAUUGUGGCCUCUGCACAUACCCUCAUGGCGUUUGAGUUGGAAACUUGACAGAUAAGCCAAGGAAUGUGUCAGUGCGGAGGCCUCUGCUCUUUGUGUGGCUGCUAACUCAGAAGAAGGAAAGACAACAAGCUCAUGACACCCAGGUGACAGGACAACCCAGGAGGGCAGAGAGGCACUGGGGAAGCUUACCAGUGUCUUUAAGAAGCAGUUACUAGUUGAGGAUAUUAAACUAUCCUAAAGCCUCAGGAAUGCUACACCUCAGGAAGUUCAGCCACAGAAUUCCCUGCAGUGUCUAAAGCAGGGGCUGCCUCUGAAUUUGAUGAUGGCCUCUAUUCAGAGAGCCCGGACAAAAGCAACUACUUGUUGAGAAUUUAAGGCAGCAUGACCCGAAGGAAAAAGAGAGAACUUGGCCCCAGAAGACUUGGGUUUACAUUCUGUUCUUGAACUUAAUGAUGGUGUAAUAAGGUCAUCACUGAACUCUUCAAACUCCAGUUUUAUCAUCUGUUUAAUCAAGAGAAGAGGCUCCUAGACCUUGAGAACUAGAAGGGAACCUGAAGAGAUCCCCUUGUCAGACCCCUUAGUUCACAAAUGAGGACCUUCAGCCCCAGCGUGGACAGGCUGGGACUCACCCUCCUUAACGUCCUUGGUCUGAAGAUCAGAUGCAAGAAAAUGUAGGUGUGUGAACCCUAAAGCAUUAUAGAAAUGUAAGUUAUUUCCGUUUAUGUACAAAAGACAAUCACGUGAAAGAAUUUAUUACGAAAUGAAAAGAAUUUUAUUAACGUGCUGCUGUAAAUGGUAUAUGAACUUAAUGGACAAUAGAGUUGCAUUGUAAGUAAUGAAGAAUGUGAGUAAUUGAAACACAGAAAUAUUUGUGUGAACUGAUUCGUGGUAAAGAGAGUGGACCCAGGAGAGCCGUGUAGGUGGGGAUUACAGUCAAGUGGACAAUGAAGGCCACUCCGGAAGGCAUCCUAAUGCAGAACACAUGCAUUGAUGGCCCACAUCAAUUCCUCCUGGCUGAGGCUCACAAGCUUCGAGUUCCCUUGCUUUCUGCUAAGAAAUGGUGCAGUCCCAGCACAGCCCGGACAUGCUUGGCCACUCACAGUCACUAGAUCAGUUUGGUUUGGCUGUGUUUUUUUCAAUCUCUCUUUUGUAAGAGAUGGUUCUACGUGGAGGGAGGGUUAUUGCUGGGGAAUGAUUGUUGUAUUAAAAACAAACUACAUCUCAAAAAACUUUUUUUUAAGAUUUUGUGAAAAAAUGUAAAGAUUUUUAUUGUGAACACAAGCUGCUGUAAAUCUCAUUUCCAGGAUUUGGAAGCAGUAAGGAAGGGUGGGCUGCACAUUUAACUUAAAUCAUCACUGCAGAAGGACUUUAAAAAUCACUUAGUCCACCUUCCUCAUUUCACAGAGGAAGAAACUGAGGCCCAGAGAAGGGAUAAAGUGUGUCAGUGUCAAAGCAGUAAACCAGGCCCUCUCCUGUGUUUUUUCUGCUCUGUUGUGGGAGUCACACCUGAAGCCUUAAAGAAAGGAAGCCUUAGCACAGUGACCAGGAAGCUAAACUGAGUCAGGAAAACCUGUGUUCAGGUAUGUGACACUGGAAAAGUCACUUAACUGCUCUCAGCCUCAGUUUUCCCAUCUCAAAAUGAGAUAGAUAGUAUUUGCCCCAUAUGGUUGUUGUGAGAAUGAAAUGAGAUAAAAUAUGUACACCACUUUAGGAACCUUAAAGCAUGGCUGCUAUUAUUGAAAGGACCCCAGAUAAGAGAAACUGAGUCUAGGAAAGGCUAACAGAUUUUGCAAAAAGCCAUACCUGUUCAGGUAGUUGACCCAGGAAUACUGCCUGGCAUAGUGUGUGUGGGCAGGGCCUUUAUACUUCUUGUAGCUUCUGAUUCUUCUUGUUUUUCACCUGCUACUGAAGCAAAUGAAAGCAAUUUGCCUGUGUUGGGAAGUAAGUUCCUCUUAAGUCAAGAAAUAAAAGCACCAAAGAGUAGAGGAAUUUGUCUCAAUCUGGGUAUACCUUCAAUUUACUGGAAGUCCAGGGAAAAGCUUCAGAAGUAGCUGAUAUUGACAUCUCAUAAAAUGACUCUGAGGAGCCUGGGUGCAAUCAGUGAGUUUGGAAAGUUAGUGUUACUAAGAUACUCCAUGCCUUUUGUGGAACUGAGCACUUGCUGUGACCUGCCUGAUGCUGGACAGGACCCAAUGCCCUUAGAACACAAAACUUCCUUGCUUUACUUUUGACAGUCUCCUGCAUUUUUUGUUGUUUGCCUGCUUCUCCUGACUGGCAGAAACUGCAAGAUACUCAAUUCUGUGGAAGUCAAGCCACUGGUACCUCCAUUUGUAACAAAAAAUAAAAACGUUCAAAAGUUAAACAAAUUAUUAAGUUUGUAAUUUUUGUCUGAAUAAACUACAUACUGUUUAUUUAAUAUUCCAAA